GAUAAUUGCUAAGUGCAUCGCUAGCACAGUUGGUCCGCGCCGCCGAAAGGUCUGGUCGCAGAGACAGGAACGCGUAAUCCUCAGCGUGCUCCAGCCCACAGCUUCGCUCCACUGCUCGGCAGGGCAGCUGGCCUCUGGGCGCCGGCCCCUCUGCUUCGCGGAAAAGCCUGAUGAAGUCCUCCGAUAUCGAUCAGGAUUUAUUUACAGACAGUUACUGCAAGGUGUGCAGCGCACAGCUGAUCUCCGAAUCGCAGCGUGUGGCCCACUACGAGAGUCGAAAACAUGCAAGCAAAGUCCGGCUGUAUUACAUGCUUCACCCCAGGGAUGGAGGGUGUCCUGCUAAGAGGCUCCGGUCAGAAAAUGGGAGUGAUGCUGACAUGGUGGAUAAGAACAAGUGCUGCACUCUCUGCAACAUGUCAUUCACUUCGGCCGUGGUGGCCGAUUCCCAUUAUCAAGGCAAAAUCCACGCCAAGAGGUUAAAACUCUUGCUAGGAGAGAAGACCCCAUUGAAGACCACAGCGACACCCCUGAGCCCACUUAAGCCGCCACGGAUGGACACUGCUCCGGUGGUCGCAUCUCCCUAUCAAAGAAGAGAUUCAGACAGAUACUGUGGGCUCUGUGCAGCCUGGUUUAAUAACCCUCUGAUGGCCCAGCAACAUUAUGAUGGCAAGAAACACAAAAAGAAUGCGGCAAGAGUUGCUUUAUUAGAACAACUGGGGACAACCCUGGAUAUGGGGGAACUGAGAGGUCUGAGGCGCAAUUACAGAUGUACCAUCUGCAGUGUCUCCCUAAACUCAAUAGAACAGUAUCAUGCCCAUCUGAAAGGAUCUAAACACCAGACCAACCUGAAGAAUAAGUAGUGACAGCAUCAAUCAAGAGAUAAGAACAAAAUAUCGGCAUUUCUCUGCUGUGGAGAAUUGCUUAUCAACCACCAGAGGAGGCUUCUUUCUUGAACAAUGAACAUUUCUUACAAGGAUUCACAGAUUAACAUACGACUGGUCUUGAUUUUUGGAAAUGAAUGAGGUUUCUUUUUUUCUUUUUCCGUUUUUUAAAUUUUGGGGUAAGUUAUGAUAUUUGGAUGGAUUUUUAAAUUCUUUCCUGAUAACAUAUUUAGCACAUGUUCUAAAUGAUAAUCCUAUAGCAAACAGUUGGAGCAUUAUUCAAACUGAAAGACAGUGAAAAAAUUUAAAUUUUCAAUUUAUUCUAGAUUUCCUCAGAGCAUAAUUACUCUGUUACAUCCUCAAUGUUUGUGAUGUCAACCACCUCUAUCCGGAAAUACACAUUCUUUUUUCAUCAUGUUGGACACAGUUAAGGGUAACAUGCACAGAAUCGGAACAGAUCACUAUUAGUUGAAAGUAUGAAAUGGACAAAUAUCAGUCCUCUUUCUGCAGCACAGGAGCCAGGUUUGCCAUCUGAACAAUGAAGAUGAAGACAGUAAAUAAAGGAAGAAGUCUCAUCCUAUUUUUCUGAUCAUUCAAAGAACAGUUUCUCAAGGUUAAGCCAAGUCCUCUUUGCAAGCUGCCAAAUAAUAGCUUAGGGAAAGAAAUAGUCCACCUGCAUGAUGAUCCUCUUAGGCAAAAAUGUCUUCACAGCCCUUGACCUUGGUGAAUUUUAUUCCCCAAAAGCAUCCAAAAGAAGAAUUAUAAACCCCAGAAUGAGGCGGAAAUAAACGACUAUUUUUUUUUAUGAUGUUUGGCCUGAACUGUGGGCUUUAAUUGGGGAUACUGGUGAUUUGAAAAGAAGUGAGAAAAUUCUGAAGAAGUGGCAGCCUUGGACUAGGUGGGGUCCCCUAUUUCUUCUAUUUCUCACUGAAGUCCUAUUGCUGAGCCAAGACUCAUUCACUUUGGAAAUAGCACGACAAAUAAGGAAAACUGUUGCUUUCUGAUGGGGAGUGCAGAUCAUGAGGCUCUUUCUCCAGGUUUAGUUCUUUUCCAUGGUGACUGGACUUGGUGUCCUGCAGCCUGGUUACAAAGUGGGACAUUGAGCUUCUACGGACAAUACCCUGCACACACCAGCUGGGAUCUGGCUGGGGCUGCCCUGUGUACCUAGUGACCUUAGGCAACCCAUCUCCCCGUGUCAGGAAUUUCUGGACACCCACUGUUUUCCACCAAGCGCUGAGGUGGCAACAACUCAGUGAGCAAUAAACAAAAUGACACAGAAAUGCACAGCGUUGUUAUGAAGGAGACUGUUGCCCUGUGUUCGAAAUCUGGCACCAUUCCCUUGAGCAGGGUCCGCUCAGGAGGGACCAGAUCUGCCAGUUUCUUGUGCCUGCAGAGAGAGGCAGCCCCACCAGCCACAUCGUGCUCUAUGAGAAGAAAGGGGGUUGGAUGGGAAGAAAUCUAUUUUGCUGUUUUGGAAAGCACACAGUGACCUACAAACCUCCCGUGAUGGCGUUUCUUCGGAUGUGUAAAAUAAGGCUUUACUUGUCAAUUCUGCUGUAAAAUAAGCAUUGUCCAAGUAAAAACAGCAACAACAACAAAA